AUGGUUCUCCCUGAGAUAAUAUCUGAGAAUCAGAAUGCAUUUGUAGUUGGUAGAAGUAUUGUGCAAAACAUUCUUAUUUGCCAAGAUUUAGUAAGAUUAUACAACAGAAAAGCUACAACUAAGAGCUAUUUGAUCAAAAUAGACCUCAAGAAAGCAUAUGAUAUAGUAGAAUGGAGGUUUGUAGAGGAGAUGUUGUAUGCAAUGAACUUCCCUGGUAAGUUCAUCAAAUGGGUGAUGAAUUGUAUAUCUACAGCACAAUACAAUAUAGCUUUGAAUGGGGGAUUAUAUGGCAAUAUUCACGGCAAAAGGGGAUUGAGGCAGGGGGCCUAUAUCACCACUGUUUCAGUAUUGCUAAUGCUUAGAGGACUUCAGACAUUUUCAAAGGCAUCAGGACUUUGCACAAAUACUGGGAAAUCUAAUAUUUUUAGUGCUAAUAUGGAACAACAAAGCUUUCUGGAUUUGUGUGAGCUAACAGGGUACCAGAAGGGUAAACUACCGUUUAAAUAUUUGGGGGUUCCAGUCUCAACCAAAAAACUGAACAGUAUAGACUCUGAAAUGUUAGUAGACAGGAUGACAGCAAGAAUUAAAACUUGGGGAUCAAAGAACCUAUCAUAUGCAGGAAGAGUGCAGCUUAUCAACUCAGUAUUAAUGCAUGUACACACAUAUUGGGCAUCUAUAUUCCUACUACCAAAGGCAGUGAUGAAACAGAUUAAUACAGUAUGCAGGAAUUUCUUAUGGGAUGGGAAGGAGGUGAGCAACAGAGCACCAUUAAUAGCAUGGGAUCUAGUAUAUAAACCAAAGGAAGUGGGAGGCUUAGGUAUCACUAAUGGAGUAUUAUGGAAUGAGGCUGCAAUAGGCUAUGGUAAAGUGGUUAAAUAUUGGAGUCCAGAAUACUACACUACAAGGAAUGUGGAGAAGAUUAACAAGAGGGGUCAAAGGAAUGCAAAACUAGACAUGAAAAAAAUGGCAGUAAGAAAGGAAACAGAAGAGAUAGGUAAUGGAUAG